CAUUCUAUUACUCCCAUCCGAUUAUCCGAAAGACCGAAAGUCCGAAAGAGAUGGAUCGUCCUAGAUAUUCGGUUGAUAUGGGUAACCUCGAGCGCAACCGAACGAAAGAGCUUGCGAGGAAGAGAUCCCGCAAAGGUAAAUCACAUAUCGGCUCUUCAUCUCAAAGUCGAGAUGAUUUUGAUACGGGUUACGCAAGGAGGGAUGGGGAUGCGAUGACCGAUGAACAACUAGAACAAGAAUUGCACCGACAUAAUUCCCGCUUUUUUCAAGACCAACCGAGGACCAUUGACGAAGAAGAGCUCGAGGACGAGGACGACGAUGUGGAGGAAGUAAUUCCGGAGAGCCACGACGAGGAGGAGGAGGAGGGUGGCGGCAGCCAUGACGCCGACCAACCUGCCUCAUCCCAAACAGGUACAAAAAAAAGUAAAUCUGAACUAAUGGCUAAUAAUUUUUCUAAGUGGAAGGACCCGAACACCGGGAAUUGGACCGCAACUUGCAAUUGGUGCAAGAAAAACUAUAGCUUGG